AUGAACAACGAACAAUUCCGGAAGCUGAUGCUCGCCAAGUCGGGGCCUACGUCGAAAGAUGGCGCUUCUCCUAAAGGUACGAGCCCUGGCGCAAACACGGGCUCCCUGGGUUCUCGACAGCGAAACAGCAUCCCGAUGACUCCACGAUCUUUAGGAGGCGCGCAGGCCGACUUCGCGAGACAGCUUGCAGAACGGAAUCAGGCGCUACAUCCCGCGAAGAAGUUCAAGACAUCCGUGCCAAGGGGGGUGAAAUUGGGAACAGGCUACGUCGACAGGGCGAAAACCCGAGAGAACGAAGAAGACGACCGAGAAGAGAGGCUCAAGGCGCUGGAAAAAGCCCUCAAAGACGAAGAAAUCGACCAGGCAACAUACGAAAAGCUACGGUUUCAGAUUGCAGGCGGAGAUCUUUCAAGUACACAUCUAGUGAAGGGGCUUGAUUUCAAGCUUCUCGAAAGGAUACGCAAAGGGGAGGAUGUCUACGGGAACAAGCCAACGACGGAGGAUAGCGCGCAAGAGGCCGCGGAGGCAGAAGACGACGUGGAAGACGAGCUCGAUCGAAUCCAGGAACAAGAGGUACAGGCCAUUGCGAGGGAAAAAGAAAAGAAGAAGGGCACUCUAGCAACUGUGCCCGUGGCGCCGGGCAAGAAGAGGACACGCGAUCAGAUUCUGGCAGAGCUCAAGGCCGCCCGAUUAGCAGCACAGCAACAGAAGGAAUCAACCCUUGGAGACCGAUUCAAGAAGAUUGGAGCAAAGCAAAAGCCCGGAACACGGAUUGAGAGGGACAGCAAAGGGAGGGAGGUUAUGAUCAUUGUGGACGAAGACGGGCAUGAGAAGAGAAAAGUCCGCAAAUUACAACCGGAAGAGGAGGACGCUCGGAAGGGUCUCCUCAUGCCAGACAAGAGCGCCAAGCCACUGGGGAUGGAAGUUCCCGAGCAGUAUCGGAAGAAGGAGGAGCCAGAGGAAGUUGACGGCGAUGUGGAUAUUUUCGAGGACGCCGGCGAUGACUACGAUCCGCUGGCUGGAAUUGACGCGUCAGACUCUGACUCGGAUGAGGAGGACAACAAGAGCAGCGACAGCAAGCAGGAGGCAAGCAAAGACGCAGAGACAAACGAGGCCAUGCCGCCGCCACCUAAGCCAACGCCGGCGCAGCCAGAACGGCGGAAUUACUUCAAGGACUCAAAAACAGGCCUCAUCUCCGAAGAGGCGGGCAGAGCGCCGUCCAUGUCUGAUCCCGCCAUUUUGGCGGCGAUCAAGAAAGCAGCGUCUCUCAAACCCAUCGAGCAAGACGAAGAGGAUGACAAGGCCAAGGAAGCAGCCAAGGCACUGGAAGAGCGACGAAGGAAGCUCCUCGAGAUGCAGAGCCGGGAUGACGAGGACAUUGACAUGGGCUUCGGCACCAGCAGAUUUGAAGACGAGGAGGACUUUGAAGACAAGAAGAUUAAGCUGUCGAGGUGGGGUGACGAUGCUGGAGAGGAAGGGUCUGGUAGAGGCGACAAGUCGAAGCGGAAGAGAGGGCCGAAGAAACGAAAGGGCGACGUCAACAGCGCAGCCGAUAUCCUGCGGGUUGUCGAGCAGCGCAAGAAGUCGGCGUGA